UUGAAAGUUUUGACACUUUGGCUGUUGAUUGGACUAGGACGAAUCUUUCUGCAAUUAAGUCACACUCAGUAACAGAAGAGAGAGUUUGCCAAAUCAAUCUUUCUCCCGAUUAUUAUUAUUAUUUUUUUUUGUACGAGCUGGCCUUUUAGAUGAAGGCGCAUGCUUUUAUUCCAGUCCAUAGGGUCUGCUAGUAGCAGUCUGCAGUUUGAUCAGAACUUUAAAGAGGCAAAGUAGUGUCUUAAAGUCCAUCAAUGGCGCAAAGAGGCAAUCCAUUCUCUAUCCAUGACAUCCUAACCCGAGGACCCGAUAAGCGCGUUGCCGAUGCCGUGGUUCUGGAAGCGCCGCCGCUCGGCGCGUUGGCUAGCGCUGGCGCGCAGGGGGAAGCUGCCGCCGGCACCCGAAGAUGCUCGGAUUCCUUCCUCUCGGAUUACAGCGGGCGGCACGUCGGGAACAGCAGGGGAGACAGCCGAGGCGCGGUGGAAAGCUCUGGGAUCCCGCCGAGCCCGUGCGCGGAAAGCGCGUCUCAGUUAGACCCGCAGUCCUGUGGCGAGGAGUGGACAGGGGAAGAGCCUGUGUAUUCGGACUGUCAUCAAUACAAAGAACACCAGGAGCACUCCGCCGUGUCAGAGGGUCAGGACAAGUCAGAGACCCGAGGCGCGGGCCAAGCCCAGCCCGGCAAGAAGCGCUCGCGGGCCGCCUUCUCCCACGCGCAGGUUUACGAGCUGGAGAGGCGCUUCAGUCUCCAGCGGUACCUGUCCGGCCCAGAACGGGCAGACCUGGCGGGGGCUCUGAAACUCACAGAAACCCAGGUGAAGAUCUGGUUCCAGAACAGGAGGUACAAAACGAAACGGCGCCAAAUGGCGGCUGAGCUGGCCGCCAGCUCCACACCGACAGCGGCCAGGAAAGUUGCGGUGAAAGUUUUGGUAAAAAAUGACCAGCGACAGUACAGGGCUGAGGAUCUGCUCUUUCCACCUGUCAUCCAACUAUACCAGUCCUACCAAUAUUACCCUUACAUGUACUGCUUCCAGCCGUGGGUGUCGAACACUUCCCUGUGCGGAGGAACGCUUUAAAAUAAUUCCUGUUGCUGCAGACGAUGGACAGACGUUUCAGUGAACCCUGCGGUACUAACACACAAGAAAUCUUCAGAACAUCAUCCUCCAUCACUCGCUUUCUAUUGCAAGUGAAAUGCGUUGUGAUAUCCAACCAGACGUCAGAUUCACGAUGGAGAAGCUUUAUGCUUCAGUCCGCUGACUUGAGCAGACUUUUAGGUUUUAGAGUGCGUUUGAACAUUUUUGGGACAUAGUAGCCCUAAUUCAAAAUGCAUAAAAAAGUUUUAUUGUCCGAGCUUUGUGGUAGUUUAUCUACUGACUGGUUAAAUGGUAACUAACGAUUUAUUUAAAAGGAGCUUUGUAAUACACUUGGUCAUAAUAAGGAUAAAGUUCCGUGAGCUGUUUCUCGUAGUUCUGCAUAGAAUGGAUAAAAAAGUACCUCAUGA